AGGUUUUGUAUACUAACAGUGAAAGGAGCGGUCAGCUAGUUGUUGAUUUGAUAACUACACCAAAAGAGAUUGAAUGUGAAGGCAAAAUAAUGUCACCAGAAGCACAAAGUAAACAUACUAGAAAUUUGAUUGGAUUUGAAGGCAAAAUAUUGUCACCCAAAGUACAAACAUUGUAGAAAUUUGAUUUGAUUUGGAAAGGAAUAAAACUUAAACCAAACAUUUUUUAACAAAAUUAUCCGACCAUCUUCAGAUAACUUUUAUUUGUUUGAGAAUAAAAUGGAAUCAGUAAUAUCUAAUUGAUGUGACUAUUUAAAAUUACAGGUGAAACUGAUAAAAUGAAGGUCAAGGUCAUAGCUUUUGAUGGAGUAGUUAUUGUUAUCUGCUGUUUGUCCUCCAUUUUGUGCUCAAGAUCCUUGAAGCGAGCCAACAACCUUCGGAAUGUGAGCGGAUUCUCUCUAGUUAAACAAUUUUAUUAUUUAUUGUUAAACAUUAGGCAUAACCUAUAUAGAAAUGUGACUCGGUCACAAUUCCAAACGGGGGAAAUUCACAAAUAAAUUGUGAAUGUCUUACCAAAUAAAUGGGGUUAAAUCAUUGAUGACACAUUUAUUGAUGUUAAAAAUAAAUAAAGUCCAACCUGUAAAAAGUAAUUAAUAACUGAAAUAUGUCACGUCCACAUUAACACUAAAUUUAUUUUUUAAAUUAUUAUUUUCCAACACAGGACACUGCCAAGUUUUUCAAACUCCAUAAAGGGAAGCCAUUCCGACCAUCCAACCACAUGGAGUACAUCAACAUGUGGUACAUCCUCAUCAUUUGUAAUGACGUUCUGACAGUCAUUGGGUCAGCCUUCAAGAUACAGCUAGAAACUAGGGUAAAUUUAUCACCUAUCACAACUUAUCUCCAUGUGUCCAAUCAACAGAUUUCAGUUAAAAAUAAUUUAUAGUCGAAAUAAGGUGUAUUUUAAUUUAGUUUUAUAUUGUUAGAUAUUGUUAAGAUUUAAAAAAAAAAAAGCAGAAGUUAACAAAUAUCUUUCACUGUAAUAUCAUUAGGAAAUUUUUUUCCACUGUUAUUUUUACCUAUUUUACAACUGGAGCUGAAUAGGGGGAAAUUUAAAAUAAUAUUUAAUUAUAACACAUUUCUGUCAUUAGUAAUUUGUUCAUAUCACAUAUUUCUGUCAUUGGAAACUUGUUCAUUAUCGCAUCAUCAACCUACUAGCCAUAAGGAGUAGUUAGAGAAAUUAGAGUUUGAGGAUGAAUCAUCCCCUGACAUUCUGUCUUGUUUGGUUCUCUGUGCGUGUUGAAAUUCAGUUGGUUUUUUUCUGUCUUCGUCCAGGUAUUCUCAGUGACCUCAGAGAACUACGAGAUCUGCAGUAUUCUACUUGGGGGAGGUGUCUUCUUGACAUUUGUUGGUAUCCUGAGAUACCUCGGCUUCUUCAAGUCAUACAAUGUAAAUCUUCUAUCAUAAGUUUCUAUCUCAAUCUUGCGGUGCAGGUCAUGUGAUGUAUGAAAUAACAGAUUAUUUAAUCAUUUUUAUUUCAUUGUAAGCACUGAGCUACUAUUAAAAAUCAUGUACAAAAUAUUAUGAAUUGAAAUAUUUGCUAUAAAAACACAAUCCAUUUAAUAAGCUCAAGAAGAUAUAAAUAACACGUUUAUCUUUAGUUAUUGGUAUUAAAAGUUUUAAGCUCAUUACGUCAAUGGUCUCCUGGCCCAAACUUCUAAGGGGGUGUGCUCCCUCCCCAGGCUAGAAAACAUGAUAUCCCUUUAUUUGGGAUUGUGGGCUGCUCCUAUCCCAAUGGGACAAAACAGCUGCCUUGGUACACCCCCAACCCACCUUUUUUUGUUGUUGCCCUUGUAAGUAGAUGUAUUUCAAGGAUAAUUAAUAACAAGAACAAUGAGCACAAUAAGUUUGAUGCUGUAACUCAAUUUUGAUGGCAGGUGCUGAUAUUAACCCUGAAAACAUCUUUCCCUCACGUGUUGAGAUUCCUGGUCUGUGCCAUCUGUCUCUACACGGGAUUCCUCUUCUGUGGCUGGGUCGUCUUUUCUCCAUACCACAUAAAGGUAACAUACAGCAUAGAGAUAACAUGCAUCACAAAGUUAACAUACCACAUAAAGGUAACAUACAGCAUAGAGAUACCAUGCCUCACAAAGGUAUCAUACCACAAAAAGGUAACUGUUACGUACUGUUAUCAGUAUGGAGAAAUUAAUCUCUUAUUUAAGUAAAUGGCUCGUUAUAAAACAAUACACAACAAAAGACGAUAUCAUAUUUUAAAUACAAUAAAGAAUAUAAUACUCAAACCAGGGCUAAUUACAAUAAAUUUUAUUAAGUUAAUUAUAAAUCACAAAAUCAAAAAGAAAUAAAAUUAAAGCCUUACAGUAUAACGAUUGGCUUGCACCGGUACAAUGUUGAAGAAGAUAAGGUUGGAUAAUAUUGACUUAUCUUUGCAGGAAUCUGCAUUACUAAUACUACAGCUAGCAUAACUAACUAAUUAGUUAUCUAUAAUUAUAUCUAACAUUGCUAUCAACUUCAUCAUCUGAAUCCAUUUUUUUAAGGAAUUAAUUUUGAUUGGCACAAAUUUUUUUUUUUAAAUUUGACAAUAAUCAGGCUUUAAAUAAGUUGUUUUAAUUUAAAAGUUGUGAUUUGUCCAAUUGGAAAGGAUGCAAAAAUGUCAGAAUGCUUGCGCAACUAAUGUUACAUAGGGAGGAUAAAAAGUUAGUGUUAAGUAGCUGAUGUUUUAUUUAUUUCUUUCUGGUUUUUGGUGGGAAAUGGACUCCAACCAGCCCAUUUUAAUAUGAAAAUUUAUUGAAUAUCUCAAAACUUUGAUUUUCAAAUAAAUAUUUAGGUCCUCAUCAGUAGUAAUAGUAUUAUUUGCUGAGGCGCAUACUUGAGAAAAAAAAAGGGAUAUAUAGUCCUGGGGCCAAUGUCGGAGGCAAAUUCCGGUUGCUCCCUAUAACAUACCACAUGAAAUUUCCCACGAAUUCUCAUAAUGGCCUUUCAUUGGCCUACAUGUCUGUUUUCGGACGUUAGGGAUGCUUCGGUGGUGUUCAGCCGAUAUAAUAAGUCUUUACUAAAAUUAAUACUUUAAAUCCAAAUAAGAAAAUGUACGUUUUUUUGUUUUAAAAAAGAGAGAUAACUCCAACAAAUUCAUUUGCUUCAUAUUUAUUGAAAACAAAUGUAAAAUAUUCCAUGUUCAUAUUUGUUUUUAAAUUUUGAAUCAAUCUGAAAUUUUUUUGAGUUUUUUUGUUGUUGUUAAAACUAACUUGUAGGACUCAAAUGUGGCCCUGCAGUAGCAGUUCAAGUUCUAAUUGUUGAAGUAGUGUAAAAUAGGAUACUAAUGAAUUUAAUUUAAAUUAUAUGAAGAAAUAUGAAGGUCACCGAUGAAUUUAAAAAAAAAAAAUUUUUUUUAGUUCUAUGAAACCAAAUUACUUUCUAUUUUUGAAACUAAAAGAAUAAUAUAUAUGUCAGAAAAACUUAUUUAAAUGGAUAAAAAGUAUCUCACAGACAGUGUGGAUGUGAGUUGAAGAAAGAUAAACAGUAGCACAGUUGUUCUCACUGUAGAAAGGUCAAGGUUACAUUCAUUUUUCAUAGCCUCACAGAAUUCCAACAUUGAUAACAUGAUUCCUUAUCCAAUUUACUCUCAGAAUAUCUCCACUUACAUGGGUCUCUGGAUUCAUUUCUAUUAGUUUUGGGAUUUUAGUGAUACAUAUCAAAGUUAGUAAAAAAAAUAGUUGACACCACGACAUAUUUACAUUCACCAGUUUGUGGGUUAACAAACCAGAUAAAGGCAACAUUUGUUAUAUUAAUUCUGUUAUAUGUUUUGUUAUAUCUAUACAACUGUAAUAUUUAUCUUUCUUGCCAUCUAUUCCGAACCAGUUCCGAAAGUUAAGCACUACCUCUGAAUGCCUGUUUGCACUUGUUAAUGGUGAUGACAUGUACGUGACGUUCUCUGCCCUGAACAACAGCAGCGACGCCAUCUGGUACUUUCAUAGAGUUUACCUGUACGUCUUCAUCGCACUUUUCAUCUAUGUGGUCAUCAGUGUCUUUAUCGCUGUUAUCAUGGAGAAUUAUGAAAAUUUACAGGUGAAUAUUUGGUCUACUUUUACAUGAUACUUUUAUGGUUUCAGGUCAUGAGGACACACCAUCCCACCCCAUCGCCCCUCCCAUGAAGUUCUCUAAACAGAUAUUCCUGGUUAUUUUUCAAAUAGAUAAAAUUCAACUGCGACAUUUGGCCACAGAAUUCCUUGGUUGUAUUAACUGAAUGACCUCCCCUUGUCAUGUGACUAAAUCCACCAUUACUUUUUUAAAAAUUUAUUUAGCUUCCAAGAAAAUCCUGGCUUGUAAUAAGGCUUUGAACUUAUAACUGAAAAGCCAGUCAUUUUAGAAAAAGUUAUUGCUAAAUUUCUUAAAGUAGUUACCUGCCUUUUGCUAAAAACCAAACAUACAACACAUGUUAGAUAUUAUGAUCUUUCUUUCCUAUAAGAUUGUUAAAAAUCAGGCAUUUAAAGACGUCUACUUCCUAACACAUUAACCCUUUGAACCUGCGAUCCCACAUUAUGGGUCUGUGCAUUAAGAAUCCACACCCCACCAGAAGGAUAUUUCAGUCUCCCAUAACUUACCCCGGAUCGACAGUCCUUGUAUAAAAAUGUGUUGCAAAUACUGAGUUCAAGGUUACCUCGUGACUUGUGAAAGGUCACAGUAAUGGCCAUGCUCAUGGAUGUACAUUGUGUUUGUUAUGCUUUAGUCAUAUUUUUGGAUGUAUAGAGGUGACGAAAUUGCAAAGAUUGCUAUUCUAAAGGAUUCCAACCAGAGCAGGUUUAUGAAAAUGUCAAUGAUUUACAGGAUUAUCGUGUUUUAAAAGAUUGAAAUAUAGCAAUGAUAGUGAUGAUCAAUAGACUUCAACUACCAGUGCUACUGAUGUGUGCUUUGGAAUAAAAGAAACAACACAAGGUCUACCCCUAGUCCAAACCUUGGCUUUUAUGAAAAAUCAGAAUCAUAAAAAUUACCUUUCACCAUGUUAUUUUACACCAUUUCUAAGACUAUUUUACACCAUUUCUAAGACAAUUUUCUCCCUGUCAUACAUUUUUUAAUACUUAUGAACUACUGACAGAAACAAUUUAGAUUGUUAGAUUGAAAUAAAUACAAUUUAUUUACAAUUUUUAAAAUUUUAUAAUUAUUCUUUUUCCUUGUAUGUUAGUGUGUGGAAAUUUUCCCCCAAGAGCCCAAAGGCAUGGGUAUUUCAAUCUUUAUUACCUUUAGCAUUACUAUGCAUCUUUCAUUUCAAUCUUUUUUUUCCUAUAGCACUACUAUGCAUCCGGCUUCCCAGACACAGAAAUUCAGGCAUUCAUUAAGGAAGACGGAGAGAUGAGCUUGACAGAAUUGUUCAGACAUGUGCAGAGAGGAGGGACAUGGCAGAGUUGGUUCUUCUGUAUCUUUCCCUGCUUGUCCUACUUCAGAAGGUAA